CAUUUUGAAGCUUGAAUCUCCAAACCAAAACAACAUGUGGAAAAAGAGUUUUCUCAUGUUGCUUUUCUCUCUUUCAGUUCAGAAGGCUGCACUGGAUUGUGAAAGAAUGAGAAAAACAAAUGAAUUCCCUUCUCCAAAUUUGAACUCACAAACGGAUGCAGUCAUGAGGGGUCAGAAUGUAUCUCUAUCUUGUUUCAACCAGAACAAAUCACUGCGGAUCACCUAUUUCUUGUUUCGGGGUGAGAAAUGCCUGAGCACCCAGAAUGGACCCAUGACUUUUAACCUAACAAUCUCAGAAGCCCGUGACUUGGGCCCCUACAAAUGCAAAGCCCAAGUUUCUGACUGUUCAAAAUACAGUCGUGAGUUCAACUUCACAUUUGUCGAUCCAGUGACUGCACCAGUGCUGAACAUCAGUGUUGUUCAAACAAAAACAGACAGAUACGUAAUGCUACGCUGCAUCUCAUUCAACGGCUCUCUGCCCAUCAAUUAUACUUUCUUUGAAAAAAACAUGGCCAUAUCACCAGUUAUCUCCAAGAAUGUAAGGGAGCCUGCUGAAUUUAACUUAACCAAGAAUAACACUGGAGAAGGGAAAGAGUAUAGGUGUGAAGCUAAAAACAGAUUGCCUGACCAUGCAAAAUACAGUCAACUCAUCACCAUACCCUCAACAGGAGGAGAGAGCUGUCCUUUCUGCCUGCAGCUACUGCUUCUGGGGUUUCUGCUUCUGGUGCUAAUAGUAAUAAUCCUAAUUCUGGCAUUUUGGACGCUACCAAAGUACAAAGCAAGAAAAGCUACGAAAGAUAAUGCACCCAGAGUCUAUGGAAAUACACCCGUGGAAGAUGGAAUAUAUACAAAUAUCUGUAAAAAUCAAGCAGGGACUGAAUGCUCUCAGGAGAUACAUUAUGCCACCCCCAUGUUCCAGGAGGUGGCACUGAGAGAUCAGGAAACCUGUAAUGAUUGUAAAACUGGAUAUGUCUAUUCUGAACUCAUCUUCUGAGAUUUAAAGAUAGAAACUACAUCUCAGGGCAUGGACCAUUUCCCCCAUGACCACACCAUUUAAUAAAGAAUAAUUGUUCAACCACUAUGCUCUUCAUAAGUGCAUCCUGGAAGCGCUACAACAAUCAUCUACCCAUCCCUAUGCCCAUUAAAGGUUCAGAAGCAGACACACAGAGCAAAAGCCAUGUCUAAAUUCUAAAACAAAAACUGGUGACCUUGAAAAGGUGUCUGAAGAAAAUGGCACCUGCAGUCACCAUUGGAGGAAGGCAAGAUUACUCAACAAGUACACAUUUAUUAUCCAUUGCCAUUAAAAUUUGCUCUCAGCUUC